CGAAAAUAUUUCCAACAUAGCGUUCUUCAACGGGAGCUUUAGCGAACUUAUAAAAGUGUAUAUCAAUAUAACUACGCUGAUUUAUCGUUUUCAAAAAUGCCUGCGAUAGGAAUUGAUCUCGGGACAACAUAUUCUUGUGUUGGAGUUUUUCAGCACGGAAAAGUAGAAAUUAUUGCAAACGACCAAGGUAAUCGAACAACACCAAGCUAUGUUGCUUUCAACGAUACGGAGCGACUCAUAGGAGAUGCGGCAAAAAAUCAAGUGGCCUUAAAUCCAACAAACAGUGUUUUCGACGCAAAGAGAUUGAUUGGGCGAAAAUUCAAUGAUUCAACAGUACAAAGUGAUAUGAAACACUGGCCUUUCAAAGUUAUCAACGAAGGAGGAAAACCGAAAAUCAAUGUCGAACACAAAGGCGAACAGAAGAAUUUUUUUCCGGAAGAAAUAAGCUCCAUGGUUUUAACUAAGAUGAAGGAAACAGCUGAAGCAUAUCUUGGAUCAUCAAUAAAAGACGUUGUUAUCACCGUUCCAGCGUAUUUCAACGAUUCACAACGCCAAGCCACAAAGGAUGCCGGCACAAUUGCUGUAAAUGUGUUGAGAAUUAUCAACGAGCCGACUGCUGCUGCCAUUGCUUAUGGACUGGACAAGAAAUCUGGAUCAGAACGGAAUGUUUUAAUCUUCGAUUUGGGUGGUGGUACAUUCGACGUCAGCGUUUUAUCCAUCGACGAUGGAAUCUUUGAAGUAAAAUCCACUAGAGGCGAUACUCAUUUGGGUGGAGAAGAUUUCGACAACCGCAUGGUUAAUCAUUUUAUGCAAGAGUUCAAAAGAAAAUAUAAAAAAGACCUUUCUGUCAACAAACGAGCAUUGCGUCGACUUCGCACUGCUUGUGAACGAGCAAAGCGUACACUCUCAUCUUCAACACAGGCAAAUAUCGAAAUCGAUUCACUCUUCGAAGGAGUUGAUUUCUACAGUUCAAUUACCAGAGCAAGAUUUGAAGAACUUUGUUCUGAUCUUUUCCGAGGAACAUUGGAUCCGGUCGAACAGGCCUUGCGAGAUGCGAAAAUAGAUAAAAGCAAAAUCGAUGAAAUUGUUCUUGUUGGAGGAUCGACCAGAAUACCAAAGAUUCAAAAACUUCUUCAAGAUUUUUUCAAUGGAAAAGAACUCAACAAAUCCAUAAAUCCUGACGAAGCCGUUGCAUACGGAGCUGCAGUACAGGCAGCGAUCCUGUCUGGUGACAAAUCUGAUGAGGUCAAAGAUCUUCUUCUACUGGAUGUUGCGCCUUUAUCUCUCGGAAUUGAAACCGCUGGUGGAGUAAUGACAGCGCUGAUUAAACGCAACACUACGAUACCGUCGAAGCAGACCCAAACGUUCACAACUUACGCUAACAAUCAACCAGGCGUUUUAAUUCAAGUUUACGAAGGUGAGAGAGCUUUGACAAAAGAUAACAAUCUUUUAGGAAAAUUUGACCUCACUGGCAUUCCGCCCGCACCGAGGGGUAUUCCACAAAUCGACGUUACAUUUGAUGUUGAUGUAAAUGGCAUAAUGAAUGUAUCCGCUGUUGAUAAAAGUACAAAACGAGAGAACAAAAUUACAAUUACGAAUGACAAAGGUCGUCUAAGCAAAGAAGAAAUCGAGAAAAUGGUGAACGAAGCCGAAAAGUACAAAGAAGAAGACGACAAAGAAAAAGACCGAAUCCAGGCUAAAAAUAGCUUGGAAUCCUACACUUAUCAUGUUAAAUCUUCUGUCGACGAUGAGAAAAUUAAAGACAAGCUUUCCAGCGAAAACAAGCAAACAAUUCUUGAUAAAUGUAAAGAAGUUAUUGACUGGCUUGACAACAAUCAGACCGAGAAAAAAGACGAGUUCGAGUAUCAGCAGAAGGAAUUAGAGGGUGUUGUGAAUCCUGUUUUGACCAAACUCCAUCAAAAUGGCAGCUCUGCGCCUGGCGGGGUCCCACAACAAGACAAAUCCAACCAGUCGAACGGUGAUGGACCCACAAUUGAAGAAGUUGACUAAAAUGUAUUCGAAAACCGGGUUGUCGAGAUUUUCAACAACUAUUUAUUCAAACAUAUACUGAUUAUGUGUAAAUAUUUAUAUAUCAUUUACUGAUGAACGUUAUUUUUUCAUUUAAACCUGUGCUUCAUACCAUUUUCUCUUUAUGUUCUAUUUAAUGUUUUAAAUGUUGCAUUGUGAGAAAAUAAACUCUUUACUUUGAAAGUCCUCA